AACUCCAUCUUCGUCUCCAUUUAAUUUCAGAGUACAGCUUUGUGUGAAUUAAUACUUGAUUAUAUUCAUUGAUCGCCAUGGACAAACUCGUCAAAGCAGACGUUACAGAACUGAAUCUCAUCUUCACUCCAGGCCAAAACCCAUCCGCCACCUUCAAGCUCUCAAAUCUUAUGCACGCCAUCCCUGUGGCUGUGAGCCUUACUUCCACUAAUUCUCUCUUCUCUUUCUCACAUUCUUUCGCUGUUCUUAAGCCUUUAUCCACUGCUUCCUUCACCGUUUUCUUCACUCCGAAUCCUCGUGUUUCUUCCCCGUUUGAUUCCGUUCUUGUUCGCUCCGUUUUGUUUCCCGCCGGGAGAGCCACCCAGGACGAUCUCCGCCGCGUGUUUUCAAGACCGGGGCCGCAUAUUUUCAGGGAUGCUAAGAUCCCAGUGAAGUUUUUUUGCGGAUGCGCCGCCGGGAAGGGGGACUUAAACCAGAACAAGACGCCAUUCGAUCUCGCACGUGAAAGAAACCACUCGAGCCUGUACGACGCGCUGCGCUCCGGCGAGGAAUUGCAGAGGGCCGCCCGGACCGGCGAUGUGGCGGCGGUGAAGAAGUGUUUGGCGGAGGGGGCUAACGUGAACGGGAGAGAUGAGAUUGGGUGGACUGCUCUCCACCGUGCUGCCUUCAAGGGGAGAAUGGAGUGCGUUAAGGUGUUGGUGAGCCAUGGGGCUGAGGUUGAUGCUGUGGAUUUUUCCGGCUACGCGCCGCUGCACCGGGCGGGGGAAGUUGGCCACAGAGCGGUGGCUCUGUAUCUGAUCGCUCACGGGGCAAAAGCAAAUCUGAAAGGGAUAAUGAAGGCUAAAACAUUGGUUUCGAGAGAUUUUGAUUGUUGUUUACUUGUAAAUUUCAAGAACCUGCAGACAUCCUAGUACUUUCAUUUUUGUCAUCAAUGAAUGUUGUGAAGGUUUGCACCAAUUAAAUCCAUCAU